AUGAACAAAGUAGACAGUCCGCAGGUUACAAAAAGAAAAACGAGAUUAUCAUCUUACACCCCAAAUGCGAUCGAAAGCGCUACAACAACCAUCAAACUUCAACCCCUUACGCUUCGUGAUCUCGUGUUUGGAGAAGAAGAACCCCUAACUUAUGAUGAUUUGAUUUCUAGUCUACCCGGAAGACGAAACCAAAUCUUUGAACUUGUACGCCUUUUGGGUCCGGUGGAUUCUCCUGUAUCUCCGAUAUUUGUUUACGGCGGCGCAUCGACUGGCAAAACAAGUACGAUUCUCCAGGUUUUCCGUCACUUAAACCGGCCAUUUGUCUACUCAAGCUGUAGGACCUGUUACAAUGCCCGCCAACUGUUUGAAAAUAUUCUGAACCAGCUAUUGCUCCAUAGGAAAAGCGAAAUUAAUGGCUAUUCGAGUGCCAAGAAGUGUGAAAAGCAAGCUGAUUUUGUUAAUCUCUUGAAGGAAGCAUUGGUGGGUGUUGUAGAUAGUCUGAAAGGUAAUUCGGGGAAAUCUUCGGGAGGAUCCUUCAAUGGAAGUAUGGUUUACUUGAUUUUCGAUAGUUUAGAGCUUGUCAGAGACUGGGACAAAAGUUCUACCAUAUUACCAUUUUUGUUCAAGCUUCAUGAUAUUUUGAAGGUUCCUGAUGUUGAAGACGCUCUUAGACAAAUCUUGAUGAGAAACCAGCCAAACCCAAAACUCUACUCAGCUUUUCUUGAUUUGGUGUUGAAGCCUUUCUGUCGAGUAACUAGAAAGCUUGAUGAGUUAUCGGCUGGUUUAUCACCGUUAUUUAAGAAAUUCUGUGAGCCUUUAGAUGACUUGGAGGUUAAUCCUGUUGGAGAAAACAAGAGAAAGUUGUUGAAUUGUCUUCAACCUCAUAUUGCUCCUGCUAUCAAUGAGAUAUUAAGAGUCACAACCAUGUCAUCUCAGGUCAACAUGAAAAAGAAGAAAUCUGGAGCUUCUGAUUCCAUUGAUGAGAUAGAGUUUCAUAUGUCUACUUCCGCAAAGUAUCUUGUUAUUUCUGCAUUUCUUGCUUCCAGAAAUCCUGCUACUCUUGAUGCAUCAUUCUUUGAUUCGACUGGAGGUCCUGCUAAUCAAAAAAAGAAGAGAAAGAGCUCAGAAAAAUCAAAGGAAUUGAAGGAAGCUUUGGAGGAAGAACAGUUCAUGAAAGGCCCUGGAACAUUUCCAUUGGAGAGAUUGUUAGCUAUUUUUCAGUGUAUCACAUCAGGUUCAGAGUAUCCACUUGAAGAAGAAGAUGAGGAAGAAGAAGAAGAAGAAGAUAAGAGUCUUAUGUCUGACAUACUUUUACAAGUAUCAAGUCUUUGCAGUGCUAAUUUUAUAAGCAAAGGUGGAAGCUGUCCAUUGGAAGGGUCAACUCGAUACAGGUCAACAAUUAGCGAGGAUUUGGCCUUAAAAGUAGCAAAGAGCCUCAAGUUUCCACUCGCAAAGUACUUAUAUAGAAAAUAGUCCAUUUGAAAAAGUCAGAUUUUGACAUUUGAAGGUCAACUAUUGUAUGUUAC